AUGUCCAGUCUCCCUGAAUCGUUAAAGACAGACAGAAACAUAGCCCCUUUCAUUGCCCGCUCCAACGAAUUGGCCCAGGCUAAUCCCGUGGUGUCAUACUAUUGCAAGAUCUAUGUUCUUGACCAUAUCCUCUCCAAUAGGCUCCAUGUGGGCAACCCGGAGGUGGAGGCGUUCACCGUGUCGCUCUUGGAUGAUACAGAAACCAUAAAGGCCUCCCAUGAAGACGAAAACGUCCGUGCGGUGUUAGCAGACAGACAAUUGUCGCUCAACCUUGUGUUUGCCUUUGGAUUCCGUUUAUUCACUUCGUGUCUCGAGGAUUUGUCCCACUAUGAUGGCACCAAUAAAAUUCAAUUGGCCUCCAAACUUAGAGCGACGAUCAACUUUUUGUCGGUUCUCAAAGUGUUUACCGGCACGGAAGACAGCUCGUUGGACUUUUCAAAGACUUCAGGAGGAAAGUGCACUUCUAGACACGAAUUCGAUGCCUUCAUCAAGGAGAAGUUGAAAACGCUCAAGUUCCAAUUAAGCCGUCUCAUCAAGGACGAAAUACCCUUGCAGGGCGAGGAGGAAGAGCUUGCAGAGUUAGGAAACGUAAAAGACAACUCUGACGAUGCUUCUCCAUUCCCAUCUGCCCCUCAAGAUCUUUCAGACAUUCCUGGUCGUUCAGAAUCGACUUCUCCACCAUUGAAUUCCAGUUCGACCCAAAUUCCUGGGUCACCACGUCUUCCACACUCUCCAAGGCUUCCCAAAUCUCCUCUGGGUCCAUCGUCUCCCACUUUACGCUCCUCAUCCGGAUCUCCAGCGUUCAAACUUCCUGGAGCACCUAGAUUUGAUCCAGGGUCGGAGGGAAGUGACUCAGAUCUGGGCCCUUUCAAGCUUCCUGGUGCUCCCAAGUUUCUUCCUGACGACGAUCUCUCGCACAUCAACAAGACGUCGUCGAUUCAGAUGUUUCCUCCAGACAAUGAGGUAAAACCAGCACUACCACCCAAGCCAACACCCAAACCUGUUAUUCACAAGCCGAGUGCAUCGGAAACCCACCACAAGCCCAUAACCAAGGAAUCAUUGGCAGAGAUCAUCGAUACGACUGAGCAAAUUGCGCAGAUCCAGAAACACGCCAAGUUUGCCAUUUCGGCACUUAACUACGAAGAUUUAGAGACGGCCGAGAAGGAAUUGGCCCACAGUAUGGAGAUUCUACAACUAGUAAAAAAGCAUACCAGCUAA